UAUUAAGGAAUUAGAACUAAGCAAAAAGAAAGUCGACGAUGAAAUUCAAUUGUUAUAUUCCUUUUUAUUGAAUGAAAUCGGAAGUAAGGAUUUAGAUAAUUUAAAAGAAUUAUUAGCAGGACGGAAACUUACUGAGAUAUUAUCAGAAUUAGAUAACCGAAAGCAAGUUAUUCAAAACUUAGACUCUGAUUUAACAAUAAAAAGAGAGGAAUUAUCAAAUGUAUGCUCUCAAUCUAAAUAUUUUGAAGAAAAAACUAAAACACAAGAAAAAGAAGCUAACACUAAGAAAGAAAUUAUUAAUAUGCUAGAAAAAACGAUUAAAAAGCGAGACGAAGAAUAUCGAGAACAAAUUAUGGCCAUAUUUGCAUACUUAGCAAAAGACAGACAAUUUGAAUAUAGAAUUAAAGCUUUCUUUAUUCUAAAUUAA